AUGCCCAGAAAAUCCGUCAAGAGCGAAGCCAGCACGGCGUCGCCCGACCCUGCGCCGGUCAAGUCGACCCCGGCCAAGACCGCCACCGCAUCCACGAAGAGCACGCCUGCAAAGAAGAAGGACAAGGACACGUCAGCAAAGACGCUCUCAGUCAAGAGCACGCCAGCCAGCAAAAGCACCAAGGCGGCCCGGGACAAGGACGCGGUUACACCCGCAUCCGGCGUCGCCAAGCAGCGUCGCCAGAGCAAGCCUCGCGUGCCGUCAGCCGACAAGCAGGUCCAGCGCAAUGGCUUACCCGCUAGUAAUGGUACGCGCAAGGCGCCCCUCUCCAGCUUGCCGCCCGCCGGCAGGUUUGUCGCCGCCGAAGUGGUGACGCUUACGCUGCUCGUCGCUGGCCGCUUCGCACUUGCGUCCGCGACCGACAACGAGUUGGGUGCGCUGCGCGCCCUCCCCGAAAGCGCUCGCGAGUUGACUCUGCUGGCUGGCUGGCGCGCGGCAGAGGUAGCGCUCGCGUGGGCCGCAAACCUAGACUUCAUCGACGUGGGCCUCGUCUCUUUUGUCGCCCACGCUCCCUCGUUUUGGCUCGUCGCCAUGUUCUACGGCAUCCGCCCAGUGACCGCCGUGGCCGGCACUCUCGUCGACGUGGCCGCGCCCGCCGCCGCCUUUGCCCUCGCGCGACCCCUCGGCAGCCUGCGCUUCGCCGGCCCCAAGCUGUACAACAAGGACCUUGUGUCUGUUCCCUUUCAGCUGCUCAUUGCUGUGCUCGCCAGCAGCGUCUACGCGUCCGCCGUGUCCCUCGCUCUGCGCUUUCUCCUCCCCCGGAUCCUGGUGCUCAACUUUCGGGGCAUCCCCACCGUCGAGCCUGCCUAUGCGGCCUCGUUCCUCGCGCUGCUGCCGACGGCGGCCUUUUUUGGCGUCGCCGCCAGCCAGUUCCUCUUUGCGCCGUAUGUGACGACGGGCAAAAGCAAGGAGGACGACAAGAUUCGUCAGUUCGAUCCCGUCCAGGCCAGCCUCGGCGAGACGGUCUGGUGGAAUUUCUGGGGCUACACGCUCCGCAGCCGCGUUGUCAUUACGCGCACCGCCAUUGUCGCCGGCAUUACGGCCGUGAGCACCUACCUCGCUUGUGCUGUUGCCAUUGACGGUGUCAGCCGCUUCGGCGCUGUUAUGUACGCACUUGUCUGGGCUUUUGCUACUGGCGGCGCGGGUCUUGCUCUGGGCCUCGUUGGCCAGGAGUAA